UCAGGUGCACAUCUAAAAGAUGAGCCUGAUCAUAUAUAGAUUGCAGUAUUUGAAUGCUUUUCCGUUUGCACAACAUCAGCCGCAUGUCCACACAGCCGUGGGUCAAACCGGUUCCGGUAGCAAGUGUUCUUCCUUCUCUGACAGAGGCAGAACGUCCCUCCAUUGUCUUCAUAUCGUCCUGAUAUUUAGCACGCUAAGAAGAAAAAGAAGAACCGUCUGGUUCUACAGGUUUCAUAGAGACGCAUAGCGACCAGACGGCGAGCAGCUGCUGGUGAGCUUCCAUGAACUGAUCUGACAUCCCAUCCAGCCAGGCCCAGAUUGUGAACUGUGGGACAAGGUGGAAACUCUGGGGAGUUUUAGGUUUGUCUCCCCAUGACAACUUGUCACCAUGGUGACCGCGGCUCCAACGGUGAUGCCGAGCGGUGCACCUCUGAUGAUGAGGACGCGGAGCUCACUGAGCUUGGGCCGCUGCUGACAAAUCCAGCUGAAGCAAAGAAAUCAAGAGGUGCAUCAGCAUUUCCUGAUGAGGAUGAGAACGAGGAUGAAGAACAAGGUUUGCGGGUGGUUACACUGCCCAUGCAGGCACACCAUGCAAUGGAGAAGAUGGAGGAGUUUGUACACAAGGUAUGGGAAGGACGUUGGCGAGUUAUUCCAUACCAUCUCCUCCCCGAUUGGCUAAAGGAUAAUGAUUACCUGCUGCAGGGACACCGCCCACCCAUGCCGUCCUUCCGUGCCUGUUUUGGGAGCAUCUUCAGGAUUCACACAGAAACUGGAAACAUCUGGACGCACCUGCUGGGCUUAAUUCUGUUCCUGUGCUUGGGCACAUUGACAAUGCUGCGGCCAAACGUUUCAUUCAUGGCGCCCGUGCAGGAGAAGGUGGUGUUUGGGAUGUUCUUCCUGGGUGCAGUUCUUUGUUUGAGCUUCUCCUGGCUUUUUCACACUGUCUACUGCCACUCAGAAAAAGUCUCUAGGACAUUCUCCAAGUUGGAUUACUCUGGUAUUGCGUUGUUAAUCAUGGGCUCAUUCGUUCCAUGGCUGUACUACUCGUUUUACUGCUCUCCUCAGCCGCGGUUCAUCUAUCUCUCUGUUGUAUGUGUGCUGGGUGUUGCUGCUAUCAUUGUGGCCCAGUGGGACAGAUUCGCCACCCCUCGGCACCGGUCCACACGUGCAGGUGUUUUCAUGGGCCUUGGUCUGAGUGGACUCAUUCCCACAAUGCAUUUUACCAUCGCAGAGGGUUUUGUGAAGGCAACGACAGUGGGUCAGAUGGGCUGGUUCUAUCUGAUGGGUGCCAUGUACAUUAGUGGAGCAUCACUUUAUGCAGCACGGAUACCUGAACGGUACUUCCCUGGCAAAUGUGACAUCUGGUUUCAGUCUCAUCAGAUAUUCCAUGUGCUGGUUGUCGCGGCGGCAUUUGUCCAUUUUUAUGGGAUCUCAAACCUGCAGGAGUUCCGCUAUGGCCUGGAAGGAGGCUGCACAGAUGACACUCUGCUGUAAAAAAAAAAAAAAAAUCACUUGAACUUUGGCUAGUGCCUGCUCACUU